AUGGAUGCCACAAGUUCUUCAGUAUUCAUCGCUACUACCUUGCCUACAUCGCUCUUAACGCACUCAAACUAUCCAACCACUCUCAUCUCGAUGUCUACUCCCAACCAAGACGUUCAUCACGAUCCCGCCCAGGCCCUGUCUUCCUUCUUUGCGGAGAUUUUGGGCCUUCGGGCUGGUGUCAAGAACAUGAAGCUCGACGUCCAGAACGAUGUCGACGACUUUCGCAGCAGGCUCGACUGGGGCCUUGAGCGCUUCUGUGCUCAGGAAGGCCAUAUCGAGGUCCUGACGACUCGCCUCUCCGAACAGGCGGCCAUCCAAGAAGCCAUGGAGUGUCAGCUUGCGAUGCUCGUCGGCAGUGUUGACGACCACCGGCGCAGCGAUCGUGCUUUCACCAAAGCUCUCGAGGUGUUCAUGACCAAGGAGUUCCGCCGCGUCAGCAAGCUCGAAGAGGGACGGAAGGCAUUCUCCGACAAGGUCACUCUCAUCCAGGAUCAGAUCGACACACUUGGCCGCACGACUGGCGCCAAGCAGGAUGCGAUCUUGGCUUUGCUCUCGCGUCUGCGUCCCAACGAACUGAAUGCCGAGGUGGCUAACUCCGUCACUAUCCAUGCGAAGGCUGCACACAGCGCGUUCUCCAGGCAGCUUUCCUCUGUCCGACGCGAGCUCACCAAUGUCAAGACCGAGGUGGGCAACGCGGCUCCUGUUCCCAAGGCCGACGGCACUGCUUUAGGCCCACUCGACGAGACCGCCGCUGAAUGCCGAGCGCGCAUUCUAGCUAACGUUCAGAAGCGUAUCGAAAUUAAGAUAGCGGCUGGCCAUAACGCUCCUUCCAAUCUGAGGGGCAUAUCGGACUUUGUCAACGGCUUCAAUGGCUGUCCUGAGCCUUCCGCAUUGGCGACGUUCCAGACUGGUUCCAACGCUGGCACCUCGGCCUCUGUUCCCGCUUCUUUGUCUUCCACCUCGGCCCCUGCUCCUGUUGCUGUUGCAUCGUUGCCUGCACCUGUUGCAACUGCCCCGUCCCCUGUCGCUGUUGCUCCCAAAUCCUCGUCUGGUUCCUCGCGCUCUACGGCCCCCACCUCGGUUGUCUCUAUCUCGGCUCCAUCGUCUUCGUGUGUGUACGUUGCACCUCUCCCGGCUCCAUCGUCUUCGCCUCUGCCCGUGGUGUCUGCCCCGGAUGCACAAUUGUCGCCUAAGGCCGCUGCGUCUGUCCCAGCUGCACCAUCAUCGCACAAGAUCUCUGCAUCUGUCCGCUUUGCGCCGUUCUCGCCUCGUGUGACUAGCACUCCCCGCUCUACAUCUGGUUCAUCUCUUCUUCGGCGCGCUACUGCUAUUGUGCCUCCACCGUCGUUGAUCGCGCCUGUCAUAGCUCCUGCGGCUGACAGUUCUGUUCCCGCCCUCAAGAAGAGCCCCCUGCGCGUUAUACCCACUAACGACGAAGAGCCUCUCGAGUAUCUUGACUAUUCCCUGAUCAAGGAUGCGACUAUGGGCACCUACCGAUCUAUCCCGAGUCCCGCUGUCGCCAUUUCUCAGGACGACGUAUUUGUCGUUAAGCCUGUACCCAGACCUGUUGGCAGUUGGCUCACAUGUGAGGAACGCAAACAGAAGCUUGAAGCUCUGUUCAGAGGAGAAAAGGUCGAGAAAAAAUCCGAGGCCAUCAUUGGUUCUUUGGUCGCAAAGAAGGGAGAAGCAAAGCAGCUUCCCGCUCCUGCACCUGUUACUCCUACGCCCGAGGAUAUCUCUUCUGACGACGCUGCUGAUAUCGACGUUCCUCCCACGCCCACGCCCGUGCGUGGCCCACGAGUGCCACUUACCCGCGCUUCUGCCAAGGCGGGCUCUGCAUGUGGAUCUGGUCUGAUCAAGCGCGAUACAAAGAUGGAGAACCCUUCUAGCAAGCUUCGGCAAUCGUUUGUCCCGACCUCAACGUUAGUCUCGUCCAAGACUUCGUUCAAGCCUCUCAAGCCGUUGGUUCUCCCCCGUCCCGCUUCCUCUGGCAUACCUGUCCCGCCUCGAGUUGCAGCUCUUCGCAAGUCGUCGGCUCCGAAGGUUACUACGAAGCCUGGCGUCCCUUGCGCCCCAUCCUCCAGUUCUGCCAGCUCAAGCUCUAGAUCAUCCGGUACGUUCUCGCGCUCUUCUUCCUCGAGUGCCGCCACCUCUGCGACCUCUUCCGGUAUACCCUACUCCGCUACAUCCCGGACCAAGACGAGCUCAAAAUUGCCGUCCGUCACCACGCUCGUGACGCGGCCUAAGUCCAUCCCCAGCAGGACGGCUUCGCGCCCUCGCCUGCCAUAGUAUCGUUUCGUACUGUUUGACUUGACUCCAGUGGCUUAGCCAUCUGGGGAGCAGUCAUCCUGCAGACGAUGCGAGUUCCUUCAGCUUUUCAAGUUUCCUUCAAGGCCUCAAGACUAUCCUGAUUCUCUCGCAACUCUACUGACUGGAUGCACUCGCUCCCCCGGCUCUUACUUUUUGGUCAAAAAUCCUCCUAUCGCUCCUCUGCCUUUCGAACGGCUCCCCUGGGACAAACAUCUGCAUCGGCCUUGCUCAGCACUUUGGGACCAGCUUCCCCUUGCUGUCGCAGUUGCGGCCAUCCGGACACCGCACAAAGGUUUUUGAACGACUCGGACUACCCGCUGCGGCUUGGAUGAUUUCCUUCAUCCAGACCAAUGGCGUUGACCGACCUUCUACACCACCUUCGAGUGCACGACCUGUCCGGUCCACUUCGCGCGUCCACAACAGGUUUUUGAACGACUCGGGCUAUCGUCCUGCGGUUUGGAUAAAUCACUCUGUCCAGACCAACGGCGUUGACCGACCUUCCACAACACCUUUGCACGACCCGUUCGGCCCACUUCGCGCGUCCACAACAGGCUUUUGAAUGACUCGGUUUACCGUCCUGCGGUUUGGAUGAUUUACUUUAUCCAGACCAACGGCG